AUUGUUGAACACAAGACAGCUGUCCGUUUCAAAGCCACAGACUACUGACAGCAUUCUAUUCUUGGCUUAAAAGAUUCAAUAUAAAUUUGAUUAAAGGUUUACCUGUGAGAAGGGCCUGAAUAACACCAUUCUGCUUCUCGUUUCCAUUAUAUUGAGAGGAAACUUUUACUGGGCUCAACUGUUCAGACGCCAUCUUUAACUGCAGUAUCACAGUCAAAUCGCCCUCGAGUCAUUUCGGACGGAUCUUGAAUAAGCUAUUAUAUUUGAAUUUUUUAUUAAUUUUAUAACUCAUUCGUGAUAUUCUAUAAAUUAAAUCACACCUUUUAUCAUUUCGUGAAUAGAAAGAGGCGAAAUAAACUUAUAGUUUUCGGCAGAUUGUAGUUUGGGACAAAUUGACUACUGACUGUUCAAGACUUCAGAAUGAAGAGCUACUUCCGGUCUAGACAUUUUUGAGGAGAAAAUGUAAAUAUUAUUUGUAAAGUAUGAGUUCUUCUGAAGACAAUAGCUCGGAUGAUUGUGAAUCUGUGAGUUUAAAUGAUUGCAGUGUUGACGGAAUAGAGCCAACAAGAAAUAUUGAAAAGAAGAAUGAUGCUAUUCUACAGUUUCUAGCUAUAUUUAGUUUUAGUUUAUUUAUUGGAUUAUUUAUAUUACAAGCUAAUAUAGCCUGGAGAUCAUAUCAGAAUAUAUAUUUUUUAACCAGACAUGGAAGUUCAGAAGAAAUAUUUGAUCUUUAUUUGGAUUCACCAGCCUGGGGUUUAGAUAUGAGACAUGUUGAUUUAAAAGUUAAUACCAGUAUAUUUGUACGAUGAGGAAAAACUAAAAUAAGUCGUUUGAUCAAUUUUGUGUCAAUGUUUAAAAUUUGAGGUUUAUUUUGUUUUUAUAAUUUUUGUUUCAUGUAUAAUUAUAGAAAGUUUUGAUCUAUAACACUGCUGACUGAAAGAAUUUACUCUGAAUUGAAGGUAUUUUAUUUGUUUUAUAACCCACCUACCUUAUCAUCCUUGACUUGUUGAAAUAUUAUACUUACUAUAUAUUAUUUUAAUCAUCUUUCUGUGUCUUAUAAACAUGAGAAUAUUUCAAAGUAAGUAAAAUGCUGAGGUUAUAAGAAGUAGUUCUGGUAUCUGUCACAAUAUAAUGAUUAAAGUUUAUACUAGUAAGUUGAUAAUCUAUAUUUAUAUAGAGAUGUAUUUUUAUAAUAAAUUCCAGUCAACAGUGAUAAAAUAAAGUGCAAUUUUGUA